AUGUUGCAGCCCUUUGCUAAUUUUGAGGGUUGGCCGAAGGGUUCGGCUGAGAGGGAGGAGGCGUUUUCGAGGGCGAAGGGGUGGAUUGAGGUUAUGAGGACUGUUGGGACGGAUUUGUUGCAGGUUGGAGCAACCGAUACACCAUCCCACAAAAUCUCCACCAGCCGAUCAGACAUCGUCUCCGACCUCCGCGAACUAGCCAGCAUGCUAGAAGCAGAGAACUUCCGCAUGGCCUUCGAAAACUGGUGCUGGUCCACCCACGCCCUAGGCUGGAAAAGCGCCUGGGAAAUCGUGCGAGACGUCGACCGACCAAACGUCGGCCUCUGCCUCGACACAUUCCAAACGGCCGGAAGUGAAUACGGCGAUCCAACUGUCGAAUCCGGGCUAAUCGAAAGCGUCUCCCCGGAAAAGCUACGCGAAAACUUCGACGCAAGUAUGGAUGAACUUGCGUCCACGGUCCCCCCGGACAAGAUCUAUGUACUCCAGAUCUCGGAUGCGUAUAAGGUUUCCCCGCCUUUGGAGGAUAAAGUUGUUAGAUAUUUGAGGCCGCGGGGAAGGUGGAGUCAUGAUUAUCGGCCUAUGCCGUAUGAUGGGGGGUAUUUACCUAUUGAGGAUGUUGCGAAGGCGGUGCUGAAGACGGGUUUCCGGGGUUGGUUUUCUAUGGAGAUUUUUGAUGGGGGUCCGGAUGGGAAGGGGAGGACGUAUGAGAUGGGUGCUUUUGCUAGGCAGGCGAUGGCUAAUAUGCAGAAGCUUUUGAAAAAUUGUGCAAAUUCUUAG